AUGGCAAGGGGGAGUGCAGAUAAUAAGAAGGAAGAGUUGGUGGCAGUGGCAAUAGACAAAGACAAAGGGAGUCAUUAUGCUCUGAAAUGGACGAUUGAUCAUCUUCUCACCAGGGGACAAGUUCUCACUCUUAUCCAUGUUAAUCAAAGACCAUCUUCAUUGCCCACCCAAACAUACAAAGAACAACUUGAGAAUCAAGCUAAGGAGUUGUUCCUUCCAUAUCGUUGCUUUUGCACAAGAAAGGAUAUAAAAUGCAACGAAGUCAUAUUAGAGGACUUGGAUAUAACAAAAGCAUUAAUUGACUACGUUUCUGCUAAUUCAGUUGAGAUUUUGGUCCUUGGCGCAGCAUCAAGGGGUGGUCUAGUAAGAAGAUUCAAAACUACAGACAUUCCAAGUAGUGUGUCAAAAGUAGCACCAGAUUUCUGCACAGUGUAUGUCAUUGCCAAAGGAAAGAUAUCACAUGUUCGAGCCGCUACUGGUCAACCACCUCCAAAGAUACCACCCCUUAACCCAAUGCAGCAUCAAGCAAGCAAUAUUUCUGAUUCAGGUGGAGCAAAUUUCACGCGUAACCAACAAUCAAGAGAGAGGGCAGCAUUACCACCCCGUAUCUCACAAUCACAUGAUCAGGAAAUCAAGUCACCAUUCAACAGAAAUAAUAGAGCUUCUUUGACCAAAGCAUUUGAGCUCUCCAUUCCAGAUUCUGACAUAUCAUAUGUGAGCACUGGAAGGCCAAGCACAGAUCGCAUGUUUCCUUUGUUUGACAAUAUAGAAUCCGGAUUGAACCCUCGACUUUCAACCAGCUCAGAUUUUGACGACAACAACUUUGGAUCCUUAUUUGCAGGAAACAAGUCAAUUGAUAUGACCUCUUCGAAGGUUGACUUUUCAUCAAAAAACUUGGAUGAUGUAGAAGCUGAGAUGAGGAGGCUAAGGCUAGAGCUCAAGCAAACAAUGGACAUGUACAGUACGGCCUGCAAAGAAGCACUAACAGCAAAGCAGAAGGCAAGGGAACUUCACCUCUGGAAAAUGGAAGAAGAACAAAGAUUAGAAGCGGCACGACUGGCCGAGGAAACUGCUUUGGCAGUUGCAGAGAUGGAAAAAGCUAAGUGUAAGGCAGCACUUGAGGCAGCUGAAGCAGCUAAGAAGUUUGCAGAACUGGAAGCACAAAAAAGAAUGUGUGUAGAAAUGAAAGCCUUCAAAGAAGAUCAGGAGAGAAAAAAGACAGGAGCUGUUUUGGCAGCAAAUGAUCUCAGGUACAGAAGAUACACGAUUGAGGAGAUUGAAGAAGCGACAGAAAACUUCUCGGAUUCUCGCAAGAUUGGUGAAGGAGGUUACGGACCAGUAUACAAGUGUGUACUGGAUCACACACCAGUGGCAAUAAAAGUUCUACGUCCAGAUGCAGCUCAAGGACAGUCACAGUUUCAGCAAGAGGUUGAAGUACUGAGCUGCAUUCGGCAUCCAAACAUGGUUCUCCUCCUUGGAGCUUGCCCAGAGUAUGGCUGCCUUAUCUAUGAGCACAUGGCUAAUGGGAGCUUAGAAGACCGUCUCUUUCGGCGGGGUGGCACUCCUGUUCUUUCUUGGCAAUUAAGAUUCCGAAUUGCUGCAGAGAUUGGCACUGGCCUCCUUUUCCUUCACCAAACUAAGCCUGAACCUCUUGUACACCGUGAUCUAAAGCCAGGCAACAUUUUGCUUGAUCGUAACUAUGUCAGCAAGAUUAGCGAUGUUGGCUUGGCCAGGCUUGUUCCUCCAUCAGUAGCCAACACUGUAACUCAGUAUCGCAUGACAUCAACAGCCGGAACUUUUUGUUACAUUGAUCCAGAGUAUCAGCAAACAGGCAUGCUGGGAAUAAAGUCUGAUGUAUACUCACUUGGAGUUUUGCUUCUACAAAUGAUAACAGCCAAGCCACCAAUGGGUUUAACUCAUCAUGUUGAACGGGCUAUUGAGAAUGGAACUUUUGCUGAGAUGCUUGACCCAGCUGUACCUGACUGGCCAGUUGAAGAGGCACUGAUGUUCGCCAAGCUAGCUCUUCAAUGUGCAGAAAUGAGGCGAAAAGAUAGACCGGAUCUUGGGAAGGUUGUGUUACCCCUGCUUAACAGACUAAGAGCACUUGCUGAAGAGGAAAUGGUCUGCUUCUCAAUGAACAAUAGUGCAGCAAACUCACCAAGAAAAAGUCAAGCUUCCUCAAUACAACAUGUGAUUAAUGUGUCUCAACUAGCACAAGCUGGAUUUGAUAGCACAAAGAGCCGACCGAGCACAUCAUCCUUCAUAGGAGCAAGAUAGCGUACAGAUUGAGUUUUUAUUUUAUUUUAUUUCUUUUUUUAAUUGAAAACCAAAUGAAGUUUUGCUUGAAAGGUAAGUUGGCAACUGAAUUUGAUCAAAUAUGUCAGGAGAAAGGAACCAAGACAAGAAGCCAAAUUUGGUUUGUCAGCAUAGAAGGAAAAUUUCCCAGUCAGUGUUGUUAAGAUUGCUAUUGUUUUCUGCUUCUUUGAUGAACAUCAAGAAAAAUGUAAUUAUACAGUAUUUCCAUAAAAUAAAAUAAAAAAGCUUAAGCCCUUUUUUGUUUUGCUUUCUUAGAGAAGAUAAUUCCUGAUUUGAUAGAGAGAUUCAAAAUUUAUAAAAGCUUUAAAAAUGACUAAAUCAUAAAGAUGAUUUACUAGCAUUGUUACAUAAAAUUGCUAAAAGCAAAGAAAUAAAGAGAAAUUAGAUAGUAGGAAUUUUAAGUGUAACCUCUAAAGGUACCUGUACAAUGAUACACAAAACAGAUGAUCAAUGACAAUAUGCUUCCUUCCUUGAGCGAAGGAAAUCUAAGGUCCGGAAUACAUACAAAGAGAUGACUCUAUACAAUGAUAUAAUUAGACUCCCGAAUCUCACUGUGCUGCUGAUAAUUUCUUAAAGCUCAGAAAAGAAAAUAGAAAGUUUAACACCAGAGACACAAUGAGAUUUUAAUUAUAAUUUAGUAUUAUAUAUUUUUGCA